CACUGAUAGGCGACACUGACUGGCAGCACUGAUAGGUGGCACUGAUUGGCAGCACUGAUAGGUGGCGCUGACUGGGACUGAUGGGUGACACUGAAAGACAGCUCAGAUGGGCACUGAUAUGUGGCAUUGAUGUGGCACUGAUGGGCACUGGCAGGUGGCAUGAAUGAGCACUGACAGCUGGCACUGAUGGACACUGACAAGUGGCACUGCUGGGGCUACACAGAUCAUCAGGGUACGCUGAUCAUCAGUGCCCUGAUGAUCACUGUCAGCGUGACAGCUCGUGAGGAGAGAAAUGCUGAUAACCGGCAUUUCCCUGUUUACAUGAUUGGACACAGCUGAUCACAUGACCGAGUCGACAU